AUGGGGGAUGUUGCGAGUCACGUACUCAUUCCCUCCGACGAUGAACCCGGCAGAGCCGACUGGCCCAUCAGGGUGCGGGCCGUGGACCUGAACGUGGUCGAGAACACGGAGCGGCACAACACCAAGGGGUACCACAGAACGCGGACUGAGAACCCGUGCCUGGUCGUGCGUCGAGGGGAUCCAUUCGUCAUCAGGAUCGAGUUCACCAGGGACUACAACCGGGACGUCGACGGUCUGGUCUUCGUUUUCAGUGUGGCGGAUGAGGAGAGCCCAACUCAUACUAAAAACACCGUGGCGAUAGCGCCGCUGGUAUUCGGGACAUCUCCCGAAACGCUGAGAAACUCGUGGACUGCCGUUGUCAAGAACAUCGAGGAAAAACGACUUACCGUCGAGAUUAAGCCGUCGGCGAAUGCUAUUGUUGGCGAGUGGUUUAUGGACAUCGACACUAAGCUCCGCACGGAUGAUAGUAUUCCGGGUGACCGCUACCGGCACAAGGACAGCAUCUGUAUUUUAUUCAAUCCCUGGUGCAAAGAUGACCUUGUGUAUAUGGAGGAAGAGGACAAGAGAUUUGAAUAUGUCCUCAUGCACUCCGGCCUGAUCUGGAGAGGAAGCAACAACGAGAUGAGGGCAACGCCCUGGAAGUAUGGUCAGUUCGAACCCGACGUCCUAGAUUGCUGCAUCUACCUGCUUCGAAAGGUGGGAAACUUUUCGGUGACCGCGUGUUCGGACCCGAUCAAGGUCUGCAGACACAUCUCGGCCGCGGUGAACUCAUCGGACGACAACGGAGUCCUGGUGGGAAGGUGGACCAACACGUUCCCCGGAGGUACUCCCCCGGUCGCCUGGACCGGAAGUACAGCGAUCCUGCAGCAGUUCUUCAGAACCAAGAAGCCCGUCAAGUACGGCCAGUGCUGGGUCUACGCCGGUGUCGCCACCGCCGUGUGCCGAAGUCUGGGCAUUCCAGCCAGGGCCGUGACCAACUACUACUCUGCCCACGACACGCAUUGCAGCUUGACGGUAGACCUGUUCAUCGACGAGAAAGGCCAGGAUGUCGACAAAAUGAACACCGACUCCAUCUGGAACUUCCACGUCUGGACCGAGGUCUGGAUGGCACGCCCGGACCUGGAGCCCGGAGACUACACGGGAUGGCAAGUCAUCGAUGCGACGCCACAAGAAAAGUCCGAUGGACUCUUCCGUCUCGGUCCCGUCAGUGUGAAGGCGGUCAAGAGAGGAGAGAUUCUCAAACCCUACGAUUGCCCGUUCGUCUUUGCUGAGGUGAAUGCAGACCAGAUCUCCUGGCGCUACUUGGGCCCCAAGCAACCCCUCAAGAUAAUUAAAAAGAACACGGACAAGAUAGGGCAGCGCAUCAGUACCAAGGCAGUCGGCUGCUGGGACAGGGAAGACUUGACCGACAGCUACAAACAACCAGAGAGAACCAAGGAAGAACGUGAUGUGGUCCUGAAGGCUCUGCGGGAAAGUAACCACGCCUACUCUCGGUACUACCUAAACGUGGACCUGGAGGACGUCUCCUUCGACUUUGACCGCCUGGAAGACGUCAUGAUCGGAUCGGACUUCGUUUUCAAACUAAAGGCGUCCAACAAGAAUGCUGCGAAGGCUUAUCCAGCCCAGGUUAUCAUCCGGGUUGAAGUAAUGAGCUACACAGGAGCUAACAAGAUGCCCAUCAAGGUCAACAGUUACAACGUCAUGAUCCCGCCUGGCGAAAACAUCAUCCCAAUGACUUACACGUUACACGUCGCUCCCACCUUCUUUCUUGUGAAGAUUGAAGGCGAACCAGUAGCAAGGAAGAUGAUCAACGUGACAGCAGGAUUCAUCAAUCCCUUGCCGAAAGACCUCAACGGGGGCUUCUUCAUGAUCGAAGGUCCUGGGCUUGUGCAGCCAAGGAGAGUUCCUCUGGGCCGGAAGGUGCCGCCGAACUCGGAGAUCAGGGUGACUUUCCAGCUGACCCCGAUGUUCCCAGGAGUCAAGUCCAUUGCUGCCAGGUUCUCAUCGCGUGAACUGAGCGACGUCGACGGAUUUCUCGAAGUCAACGUCAAGAGCGAGCCAGCUCUGACUAACGGAAUAGCCCUUCCCGGCGCCGAGUGAAAAGCUUUGCAAAUGUAUCUUGGGAGGUUUUCUCUGAGAUCUCCCGAGGCAUCUUUUUCUUUCGAGGCGACUGAAGCGGCGAAAUGUUGAAUUUUAGUUGAACAAAUCUGGACCGAAAUUGUUCAGAUUUAUUUUAUUUCGAAGGUUUGUUCUGAAUCAGAAACGUGGACAAUUCGUUUAUAUUUUACGUCCGCAUCAAAUGCCGGCGUGCACGUUGCGUUUCCCACUUUUGCUCGUUUUCUUCUCUCGGGCAUCCUCUCCCCCCUUCGGCCCCAAAUGUUUGAUUAAAUACUUUACUAGGGUAUACAUCUUAUUCCGCGAAACUCCAAUUGUCUUGCCACCGACAGUCGGGCAGCUUUUGAGUGGUAGGGACGACUGGACACGCGUAGCCUCAGGGGUUUUCCAUUUGAAGUGAGAGCGGUGGCUGGCCGCCAUCUAUCGUCAUGGAAACCUGUCAAGACAGCGGAGACAGCCGUCUUUGCUGUCUUGACAAACCCGGUAUCUCGGUGCGUAGGCGGCAUCCUUCUCCCUCGGCGCAGCGUGAACAGCGUGAUGCGCAUGCGUUCUCUCGGAUGCGGGGUUUCCACACCGCUAAGGAAGGAUUUGGCGCUGUAGGUGCGCUGUCUCGUGCAAGUGAGCGGAGUAGAAAGUAUUAUCUUAUAGCGAGUUCGUUUCACGGCACUCGUGCCCACGCGUGCCCACUCGCAGCGCGGAACGGGUUCGUUUC